CAUCUCCAGCCAGCGGCCUCUUUAGGAGGGCUGCAAGCGGUGAGCUCCGCUCUGACCCGGGCUCCCGCAUCUCCCAUCGCCCUCCCGGCACCUGCCUGUGCGCCCAGGUCAGGGGACUGCAGGGCGCCGGCUGCUAGAAUCCGCGGGCACUGCAGGCCGACCUCGCCAGCUCCACCCGACUCCAUCCCUUGGGAGAGCCCAAGUCCCCUGCAUCCUCCAGCGCGAAGCUGCGGGCAGUGCCAUGGAGAAGGGCAGUGAGACCAACGGCUACCUCGACGGCGCCCAAGCCAGGCCCGAUGCGCCCCGGGAGGCAACGGAACGAGCACGGCGCUGUAUCGGCUUUUUGCGGCGCAACGCGCUGGUACUGCUCACCGUCUCCGGGGUGCUGGCGGGCGCGGCGCUGGGCACGGCCCUGCGCGGGCUCCAGCUGAGCCGCACGCAGGUCUCCUACGUGGCCUUCCCGGGCGAGAUGCUGCUCCGCAUGCUGCGCAUGAUCAUCCUGCCGCUGGUGGUCUGCAGCCUGGUGUCGGGGGCCGCCUCCCUGGACGCCAGCUCCCUCGGGCGUCUGGGUGGCAUCGCCGUCGCCUACUUCGCCCUCACCACGCUGAGCGCCUCGGCGCUCGGUGUUGCUUUGGCGUUCAUCAUCCAGCCGGGGUCCGGCGCGCAGACUCUUCAGUCCAGCAACCUGGGGCUGGAUGAGCCGGAGCAUUCUGUUCCCAAAGAGACUGUGGACUCUUUCCUUGACCUGGCCAGAAACCUGUUGCCCUCAAAUCUAGUGGUUGCGGCUUUCCGAACGUAUGCAACCGAUUAUAAAAUGGUCACCUACAACACAAGCUUUGGAAACGUAAGCGUUGAAAAGGUCCCCUUUGGCACUGAGAUCGAAGGGAUGAACAUUUUGGGAUUGGUCCUUUUUGCUCUGGUGUUAGGAGUGGCCCUAAAGAAACUAGGCUCCGAAGGAGAAGAACUCAUCCGUUUCUUCAACGCCUUCAAUGAGGCAACGAUGGUGCUUGUGUCCUGGAUUAUGUGGUAUGUGCCCGUGGGUAUCAUGUUCCUGGUUGGAAGCAAGAUUGUGGAAAUGAAGGACAUCGUCAUGCUGGUGACCAGCCUGGGCAAAUACAUCUUUGCAUCUAUACUAGGCCAUUUCAUCCACGGAGGGAUUGUUCUGCCGCUUAUAUAUUUUGUUUUUACACGAAAAAACCCCUUCACGUUUCUGGUGGGCCUCCUCACGCCAUUCGCAACAGCAUUUGCCACCUGCUCCAGCUCAGCAACCCUUCCAUCUAUGAUCAAGUGCAUCGAAGAAAACAAUGGUGUCGAUAAGAGGAUCAGCAGGUUCAUUCUCCCCAUCGGGGCCACUGUGAACAUGGACGGUGCAGCCAUCUUCCAGUGCGUGGCCACGGUGUUCAUUGCCCAGCUGAACAAUAUACAGCUAAACAGCGGGCAGAUUUUCACCAUUCUAGUGACUGCCACAGCGUCCAGUGUUGGAGCGGCCGGUGUCCCAGCUGGAGCUGUCCUCACCAUCGCCAUUAUCCUGGAGGCCAUCGGGCUGCCCACUCAUGACCUCUCUCUGAUCCUGGCCGUGGACUGGAUUGUGGACCGCACCACCACUGUGGUGAAUGUGGAGGGGGAUGCCCUGGGUGCUGGCAUUCUCCAUCACCUGAAUCAGAAGGCGAUGAAGACAGGAGAGCAGGAACUGAGCGAGGUGAAAGUGGAAGCCAUCCCCAACAGCAAGUCUGAGGAAGAGACCUCCCCUCUGGUGACUCACCAGAACCGCGCUGGCCCUGCAUCCAAUGCCUCAGAACUGGAAUCCAAGGAGUCAGUUCUGUGAUGGGGGCUGGGUUUCGGGCUUGCCUGCCAGCAGGGGCACCCCACCCUGUUAGUCCAGCCUCUGGACACAGGCCACUACCCUCACCAACUUGAACCUUCUGAGCAAUGCUUUGGCCCAGUGACCAGUUUGAGGAUGAUUUGGCAAUGGGCUUCCUGGUGGAAGUGGUUACCAAGGACCAGGACACUCUGACGUUUGGCUUGACCCAUGCCCAGCUGCAAUUGUGCUACACUGGGGAUCUGUUCGGAAACACCCCAUUGAGCUGCCAGGCACAGGGAAACAAUGGAUUCAUGGGGACCUGAUGUUUCAAGCUUGGGAAAAUGCAGGUGUAUUCUUCUUUGCACCCAGUCAGCUCUGCAUUGGGUGCAUCCGGGCAAACCUAGGGCUUUCACGGUCAUCUGUUGCAUUGUCUCAUAAGUGGUAGUAAUAGGAAGAAUUCCCAAAUUCUUAGCCUUGGCUGGAAUUUGCUGAGCUGGGACUGGAAGUGUUUUAAAGAGUCUGUACUACAACAAGGUGGGGUUGGCUUCUUACCCUCUGGUCGCUGGAGGCACUGUACAGUUGGGUGUUCGCAUGCUUGGGUCUCUGAUCAUUGGCAUUAAGUUAACAGUGUAAAUUCUAAGGUCACAGAAGGGUGAGGGAAUGCAGCUUGCAGCGGGAAGGGAAGCACCCUAAUCAGGAAUGGACAUAUGUACACAGUUGUCCCCCCUCCCUUCCCAGCCUGGGCCUCUGACAAUGCUGUUGCUUUCUCUCCAUCAACUCUGAUUUGGCAAUGGGCCAGAGUGAGACUGCCUCUGGGGAGGUGUGAUAUGGUCAUCACACUCAGCACCCUCCUUGGUUGAUCAAGGCAUUGUUUUCAUUUAACUAGACCCCCCCUUAGAAAACAGUAUUGCAAAGAAAAACAAACACACGCAAAACAAUAAAAACAAAUGCCACCCCAUUGAGUGAGAUGGGUGUCUCCACUCCCAGGACCCCUGGCUUUGGCUGAUUUCCACAGAACUUACCCUCCUUUCCUGCCACUGCAUCAAAGUUUAAAAUUUUAAGCAAAAUGGUCCACAUUCCUCCAGUUACCUGCUGACUUGGUCUCAAUCUAGGUGAGUUUUUUUUAUAGAGAAGAUGGUAUAUUUCCAGUGAGAGGGCAGACCAAAAAGGCACUCCCGCUGGCUUGCUGUAUGUCUCUUGGUGUGACCUGUGGCAAGCGCUGGGGCCUCACUUUACCCCGUUUGUAAAAUGGGGCUAACAUCACCUGCUCCUGCCUACCUCAGAGGGAUCUGGUGGGGCAAACUGAGUGAAUGUGAAAAUGACCAUUUUCCUUCUCAUGUAUCAAGUGCUGACACCCAUAUGCUCUUUUUGUUUUCUACCCAAGUGGUAACAUUUCUCCACGGAGCCCUCAUGUUCGCGGGGCAGACAGCUUUCUGAGCAGGACUUUGUUCUCUGUACAUUGGCAGACUUUUAUCAUGCCACUUGUUCUUUAUGUAGUUGUUUUAUAGCAUCAAAUGCAGCCCCUUCUUCAAGUUUUAAUGAAUUAACUACUCCACCUUCUGCCAUAAUUUCUGGGUACCUGAUUUUGCCGUGACUCCCAGCCCCAGACACUGUUCCUGCCACCCCACAACAGGCCAUUAAGGUCCCCAAAUUUUCAGCCUCAUUCAUCCCAUUUUCCCUGUUGCUGUGAGUCAUCCAAGCCCUACAGAAGGGGCACACGCCAUUGCAAUGAAAUGGGCAGGUGGGUCAGAGACCACCAGGCUCUCGCCAUUUUAAAACUGGGGGCCUGUGCCUGAGCAGAAGGGAUGGGGUGAAGCCCAGCCCUCUGUAGACCAGCUAAGCCACUCCAGUCUCCUGUUAAACCAGAAGGGAACAGGAAUUAAGCAGAAAGGUGUCUGCAAACUUUUGCCCUCUAGCUAGAGCUUGUUGCUAAGACCCAUCUGUUUUCAAAGGGGAAAUGACCACAUUUGGUUUGAUUCCCGAACUGCAAGCAAACCUUCACUAUUUUUCAGGCUGCGGUACACCUCUUUCUUCCUUCCACAUAGAUAGAGUUAGCACCAAUGCAAGCAAGUUUGAGUUUGGAUAGAGAUGAACAAAAAACUGCACAUUGUGUGGCUUCGGCAUCCUGAUUUUCCCAUAUCAAAAGAUGAAUUUCUCGGUGGGAGGGAGUUCAAGCUGGUAGAUAGCCCAGUGACUGAACGUCCCACAUCCUAGAGCUAGAACUGUGGGAAGAAGCGUGCUGAGGUCUAGAGAGGGUGCUUCUGUAUAAAAUUCAGACAAUCGGUCCCCACCCCCUUGGAGGCGAGACAAGGAGGGACGAGAUACCCUUUCUCUCCCUGUUUUCCAGGAACCACGUACCUAAGAGGAGUCGGUAGACCAGGAGUCACCCAGCUGGGGAAAAUCUCACUUUCUCAUUGUCUGAACGUGUCCCCCCUGCUAUUCCCUUUCUAACAUGUUGUAAAUACUGUUCACUGUUCAUCUCCUCCUGUUUUGUAUGUGAUACUUGCCUUAAAACAUAAUAUAGUCCUCAAAAAUGAAUACAGUAUUUCUACUGGGAUCCGCGUGUUCCUUUAUUCCUUUCUUGUGUUGUGCAGUAGCAUUUACUGAUGGAGCUAGUGCUCUUCUAGGGGUGGCCUGGGGUGACUGAAUUGAAUUUUCUUCCUUGUUUCUUUUAGCCCGCAUGAGCCCCUGAAGCAGGUGGGUACAUUUAGGUCACCGGAGCUGCUGCCAGGGGUCAGUGUUGCGUCUGCAGCAGCCAGCUUGUGGCUGGGAAACAUCAUGUUGCCUGUGGCUCCUUCACAGUCAAUGACAGGGCUUGUGCAAAAUGUGCAGUUUUGCCACAGAGUUUCAUGAAGUUAAUUCUUGUCAGAACAACUCAGGUCAACAGGCCUUAACUGAGCAUUUACUGUAAGCCAAGCCAAGCCGGGAAAACAAGGAAGAAUGCCCUAGUCCAUCCGUUCCUGGGAAGGUCCCUGAAUAGGACAGCUGCCCAUACUUCUGCCACUGUCACCACCAAGCCCAGCCCAUCCUUUCACAUAAUCCUGUUUGCAGUGACACCACAUUUCAGUGCAAUUAGGCAAUCCAGAAGUCUCUUAGAACAGGAUUAUCCUGCAAGGUCCCACUGGAACCCUUGGUUUCCAGGCCCUUGGGGCCUCUGAAGAAAGGCCCGUUCUGACCUGGACAUUUCCAGCUUUCAUAUAUGACGGGAACCGGCUUUCAAUUCUGGGCAAAGCACAAAGAGUUUGUACAGAUCAAGAGCCUUACGCGGCCUGUUACUAAUAACAAUUUGGAUUCCCAUUCUGGAUUGUGGCUGCCUUACUUCACUGUGGCGGACAGAGUGUUUGGAGGCUGGAUUAGCCCUCAGUAAUUCACCUUUUCAAUGUAGCCAAAUCAAGAAGGGCAAUUCCACACACUCAAGCUGCCUCUUCUCAGGUGACCAGAAAGAGCGCUGAUUGGUUGAGUCACUGCUCAGAGGAGGAGCUCCCGUUACACCUGUGAAUGGCUACGUAGCAAGGAGUAGGCACUGCCCGGCCUCCAGCGCCAGCUCUGCCACUUGCCAUGUAACCCUGGACUCUGCUUCUCUGUGCCUCAGUCUGCUCAUUUUUAAAAUGGGGAUAAUAACUGUACCAACGGCAUAGGCUACUUUGAGGAUUAGAUGGGCUAGUAUAUGUGAAGUGUUCAGAAAAGCACCUGGCACACAGUGCUGUGUCAGUGUUUGCUGUCAUUGCCCCUCAGGGUUAGCCUGAUUAGACCAGGCUGAGGCACGUCCCCAGGAGAGGAGGCAGUUCAGGCUUCUCCUGAAAGCCUGGCUGUUUCUCACCUUAGUCCUGGCUUAGUCUGUUAGAAGCAACACUACUGCACCAUUUUCCAAACCAGUUUACCUUUUCUGCUACAUUCUUGUCCUACCGGCAUGAUUCAGAAGCAGGCAGACCCUUGGGGUGUGUGGGUGACUCUUGGCACUUGGCUGAGCCCAGGACAAGCUCGUGCCAUGUCUUGCCUGUUCACAGAUGUCAGUAUCCAUUGCUGUGUAACCUCAAUCCCGUGGUGCCCACAAGUAGGGCUAGUCUAAGCCGCAAGGCGCCAGCAAGAAGAAAAAUGAUUUGGGAAAAGCCUGGCCCAUCCUCACAUGCACUUGCUACUGUCCUUUCUGAAUGCAAGGAUGAAAACAUGUCCAUGGGAAAGCAGUCUAGGCAAACCCAUUUCUGGGAUCCCAGCCACCAGGAUCAUCUGGGAAAUGUAUUUUGCAAAGGAAAGACCCGGAACUUCUUAACCAAAAAAAAAAAAAAUUCCAGUUAGCUGAAGAUCUUGAGUAACUCACCUAAUUUAGAUUCACAGUUGAACUAUGAAGGUGAUCCCCACUCUAGAGGUUUUACAUAAAUUUGUGUUUUUGUUGUUGGGUGCCCUUGAGUUGAUUCUGACUCACAGCAACCCCAUGUGACGGAGUAGAACUUUCUCAUAGAGUUUCCUAAGCUCUAACCUUUAUGGAAGCAGAUCACCAGGUCUUUUUCCCAUGGAGCCACUGGGUGGGUUCAAACUGCCAACCUUUCUUUUAAGCAGCUGAGCUCUUAACCAUUGCGCCACCAGGGCUCCUUUACACAAAUGUAGCUCAGUGCUAAAUGGUCCACAUCAGGCCAGCAACGAGGAAGGACGCUGAUGCAGGCUGGCUGGCUGCUGGAGUGGAGGUGCCCGGGCCGAUGAGGCCUGUCUGGUGGUCCCAGAAGCCCCCUCAGUGGAGUUUCCCACUGAACAUUUCCUCUCCUCUUGUGACUGUAUCAACAAGACAGAUUCCAAAAUACGAGGACCUGCAAUUACCUCAGUGAUUUUAGGACAAAACAGAGGGAAAAGCGUGACGCUUGCUUCCCCGGUAGAUGCUGCAGACAGAGCCUGAGGCAGUUAAGAGUCAGAGGAGUUUAUGACUGCGGGGCUGAGGAGGCUGGGAUGUAACCACACUGCAGACCCCUGUCGGGAGGAGAUGGUGCACUGGGGCUGGAGACAGAAGGCCUGACCAGAGGAAUCUCAAACCAUUGUUUUGCCUUAGGAGCAAUAUAAAAGAGUGCUGGGUUGGAGCUUAGCAGAUUCAGGUUUACUCAGAGCAAAACGUGGGACUGAGAUGAUAGUCUUGGGAUUCCUAGGGUGGUUUGUAACAGGUGAACCCGUCCCAGGGCCCACAAUAAUACCCAAGCUCUGCCUUUAGGUGGAAAAGAAAACCAGUUCCUUCUUUGGAAAAAAAAAUAGCUUCAGCGGUGUCCUGAGGUCAGGAAAGAUUCAGUGUCUCUUUACUUAUUUGUUUUUUUAUAAUAGCAUUAUUGAGAUAUAAUUUACAUACCAUAAAAUUUAGUUUAUGUUAAUGGGGAGGAACAUUUCAUAAAAGGAGGGUGAGAAUGGUUGCACAACUUGAAAAAUGUAAUCAGUGUCACUGAAUUGUGCAUGUAGAAAUGUUUGAAUUGGUGUAGGUUCUGCUGUGUAUAUUCUCAACAAAAACAAAAAAUAAGAUAAAUUAGAAAAAAAAAAGAAAGGUUGGACUCACACUCAAA